CGGCGAUCCUGGUCGACUUCCCAUUGCACUGCAGCGCCGCUCACCUCGUUCACACCCUCUUGCAUCUUCCCUGUCUCGGCGCGUGAAGAGUGAAGCAGCGCGUCACAUCCACACAUUCUCCCUCUGCUCGCUGCCACGCCUGUCCCGCCUCGCCUCACGCACUGCUCAGCAAGAGCCGCCAGCUCUGUACCGCCUGUGCCCAAUCGUGGCGCCAUCCCUCGCGGGGGACUCCUUCUCACUCUGACAUCGCCUAGCACAGAGCCAUCCCGUCGCCUCGUGAUAAGUCUCUGCUUCCUCCUCCCGACACGCGCUGCUCUGUCCCCGCCCUCUGCUCCUCGAUCCACGUAGCUGAGCGCCUGUAUCCCUGCCCGUCCCCAAUGCGCAUCUAGCACGCCGCCAGCAUCCCAUCUCGCCGUAGCGAUGACCGCCGAAACAUAUGUCGGGCUCGCAGACUUCAUCAAGAACCUCGCCAGAGCCCACGAUCCCUCCCACGAGCCCUCGUUCCAGGUACAGAGUGCCGCAAAUGGAGCAAAGGCUGCUGGUUUAGUCCUGCCGGGGCCAGACUGUGCAGAGAAGACACAGCUCGAGCAGGAGCUGGCUGCCCUUGCGACGAGGAUAGAGUUCCUCGAACACAAGAGUGAUGUCGUCGUCCAUCACCCAAGUCUCCCCAUGACACCGGCGGGCGAGCCCCCGGAGAAUGGCCUCGUCUACACGCCCACAGGCGCCUUGCGCACCACCAACGGCCCGCCUGACCGUCGCGGCUCGAUCAAGGAGCGCGCCGUCUGGGUCAACAACUGGCUGGCCGCGAAGGAGUCGAACGGCGACCCCGAAGUGCCUGCCGCUGCCCUUACCGAGGAACAGCUCAACUACCUACGCGACCACCUGAACAAGCAAGCCGAGCAGAUCAAGAACCAGCGCGAGCACAUCGAUAACCUCGGCGCCGAAGUCAACAAGCAACUGAACAGUCAAAACAUGGCCUUUGAGCAUGGUAUCGAGGACAUUGGCGCCCUGAAGCGGGAGCUCGGCAAGCAUCAGCAGGCCAACCUCGCUUUCCAGAAAGCCCUGCGAGAAAUUGGAGCCAUUGUUACAGCCGUUGCUAUGGGUGACCUGAGCAAGAAGGUUCUGAUACAUGCUAAGGAAAUGGACCCGGAAAUCACUCUCUUCAAACGUACGAUCAAUACCAUGGUGGACCAGUUGCAAGAGUUCGCCAGUCAAGUCACAUUCCUAGCCCGAGAGGUCGGCACUGAGGGCCGUCUCGGCGGCCAAGCCAACUUGCCAGGGGUUGCUGGCAUUUGGGCAGAGUUAACAGAUAGCGUCAAUGUUAUGGCCAAAAACCUUACCGAACAGGUGCGAGAAAUCGCCGUAGUCACCACUGCUGUCGCCCAUGGCGAUUUGAGCCGCAAGAUCGAGCGUCCAGCGCGAGGAGAGAUUCUUCAACUGCAACAGACGAUCAACACCAUGGUGGACCAACUUCAAUUAUUUGCAACUCAAGUAACAAAAGUGGCCAGGGAUGUCGGUACAGAAGGCAAACUUGGUGGUCAGGCUGAAAUUGCUGGGGUCAAGGGCAUGUGGAAAGAGCUGACAGUCAACGUGAACGCCAUGGCACAAAACCUCACAACUCAAGUGCGAGACAUAGCACAAGUGACAACCGCCGUCGCACAAGGAAACCUGACUCGAAAAGUCGAAGCAGAAUGUAAAGGUGAAAUCUUGGAACUCAAGAAUACGAUCAAUCGCAUGGUGGACCAAUUGCAGCAAUUCGCUCAUGAAGUAACGAAGAUUGCGAGAGAAGUCGGAUCGGAGGGACGUCUGGGUGGACAGGCUACAGUACAUGGGGUCGAGGGUACUUGGAAAGACCUGACUGAAAAUGUCAACGGUAUGGCCAUGAAUCUGACGACCCAGGUGCGAGAGAUUGCCGAAGUCACAACAGCCGUCGCAAGGGGAGAUCUCAGCAGGAAAGUCAAGGCCGAGGUUCAGGGUGAGAUUCUGUCUCUCAAGAUCACCAUCAACACCAUGGUAGACCGUUUGAACACGUUCGCUCAAGAGGUUAGCAAGGUCGCGCGCGAGGUCGGUACUGACGGUAUUCUGGGCGGACAAGCGCAAGUCGACAAUGUUGAGGGCAAGUGGAAGGAUUUGACCAACAAUGUCAACACCAUGGCCCAGAACCUGACAUUGCAAGUACGAAGUAUUUCGGAGGUCACCCAGGCCAUCGCCAAGGGAGACAUGAGCAGAAGAGUGCACGUGGACGCCGAGGGAGAAAUUCGACUUCUCAAAGACACCAUCAACGACAUGGUUAUGCGACUCGAUGAAUGGUCGCUUGCUGUGAAGCGCGUCGCUCGCGAUGUGGGCGUCGACGGAAAGAUGGGUGGUCAGGCAGAUGUUCGAGACAUUGAUGGACGUUGGAAAGAGAUCACAACCGACGUCAACACGAUGGCGCAGAAUCUCACAUCUCAAGUGCGUGCGUUUGGCGACAUCACAAAUGCUGCCAUGGAGGGCAAGUUCACACAGAUUACGGUCGAGGCCUCAGGUGAGAUGGACGAACUGAAGAGGAAGAUCAACCAGAUGGUGUCCAGUCUGCGAGAGAGUAUCCAGAGGAACACGGCAGCCAGGGAAGCAGCCGAACUGGCCAAUAAGACCAAGUCCGAGUUCCUGGCGAAUAUGUCGCACGAAAUCCGAACGCCUAUGAACGGUAUCAUCGGAAUGACGCAGCUCACCCUCGACACUGAUCUCACUCACGCGCAACGUGAGAUGCUUACCAUUGUGCACAACUUGGCCGGUCAACUGUUGACCAUCAUCGACGACAUUCUCGAUAUCAGCAAGAUCGAAGCGAACCGUAUGGUUAUGGAGGAGAUUCCGUUCUCAAUGCGCGGAACCAUCUUCAACGCGCUCAAAUCUUUGGCUUCAAGAGCGAACGAGCGGAAAUUGAAUCUCGCGUACGACGUUUCCUACAAGAUACCCGAUUACGUUAUUGGCGAUUCCUUCAGGUUGAGGCAAAUCAUUCUGAACCUCGUUGGCAACGCCAUCAAAUUCACCGAGCAUGGAGAAGUCAAGGUAGCCAUCUCCAUGGCUGCAGAUCAGGAGUGCGGCCCAGACCACUACGUGUUCCAGUUCGCUGUAUCUGAUACCGGUAUCGGUAUUCGUGGCGACAAGCUCAACCUCAUCUUCGACACGUUCCAGCAAGCCGACGGUUCGACAACUAGGAAGUUUGGUGGUACUGGACUUGGUUUGUCUAUCUCCAAGCGCCUUGUUACCCUUAUGGGUGGUCGUAUGUGGGUUGAGUCUGAUUUCGGCAAGGGCAGUGUCUUUUACUUCACAUGCAGAGUUCGUCUUGGAAACACCGACUGGACUGCGAUCCGGCCUCAGCUCCUGCCGUACAGCAAGCACACAGUGCUCUUCGUUGAUCAGGGCCAUACCAACUUCUCUGAAGAGGUCAUUGACCACCUGAAGACUCUCGACCUCGUCCCAAUGGUCGUCCACUCAGUUGAGGAAGUACCAUCAUCAGCCAAGAGGACCGAGAUGCCAUUUGACUGUGUCAUUGUUGACAACGACAACACGGCUCGCGAACUCCGGAUUGCCGAGCGUUUCAAGUACAUUCCGCUUGUUAUGCUGACGCCGAGGGUGUCGAUCAGCCUCCGAUCUGCGCUCGAGAACGGUAUCUCAAGCUACAUGACUACGCCUUGUCUCCCCAUCGACUUGGGUAACGCGCUUGUUCCUGCUCUCGACGGUCGGGCUGCGCCACUUGUAUCAGACCACUCCAAGUCGUUCAACAUUCUCCUUGCCGAGGACAACGCUGUCAACCAGAAACUUGCUGUCAGGAUUCUGGAGAAGUACCACCACAGGGUUACUGUGGCGAACAACGGUCUCGAAGCAUAUGAGCACAUCCAGAAGAAGCGAUACGACUGUGUGCUCAUGGACGUGCAGAUGCCUGUCAUGGGUGGUUUCGAAGCAACCGCAAAGAUCCGCGAGUGGGAACGUGAAAACGGCAUCCAGUCCACGCCCGUCAUCGCGCUGACUGCCCACGCCAUGGUGGGCGAUCGCGAGAAGUGUCUCGCAGCCCAGAUGGACGACUACCUCUCCAAGCCCCUCCGCCAAAACCAGCUCAUCCAGACCAUCCUCCGGUGCGCAACGCUCAGCAACUCCCUCUACGAACACGAGCAGCGCCAGCACGCCCUGGCAACACCCGACAUCAACCUCCCCGGCGGCGGCGGGUCCUCGAAGAGCGCCGGCGGCACGCCCAAAGCCAGGCCGCCGCCGCGCCGACCCGGUAUCGAAACGCGCGGCUUCACGGACCGGGGCGGCGGCGGCGAUAGUCCUAGGCUGCUGGCGGUAGACCAAACCGAGGGGUCUAUUGAGAGGUUGCUUUUGAGGAGCCAUAGUAGUUAGGAACUCUGUGCUGGUGUUGGUGGGGGUGGUGG